UUCCUGUGCCUCGCGUGGCUCUCCUCCGACGGCUCGGCUGGCGAGAGGGGCUGGGAGAAAGAGGUCAGAGCAGCCACGGAUGGCACCCCCAGAGUGAUGAGAUCCCUCCGAUCGCCUGCAACAUCUGUCCGGCUUGCUCCUCCGGCGGCCACCCUCAGAACAACUUCUAAUCAAACUGGAAUUCGGAAGUCUGAACAAACCUCAAAAUGCAAAGAGAUGUGGAGCAACAAUUGGUCGUCAUCUAUCAAGAAGAAAAGAUAUUCUGAAGACUAUUAUUUGCAGAUAGUGGGGAAACUACAGAACUGUACAUGGAACAGGAGGCCACAAGAAUAUGUCAAAUUCAGGUCAGAGCUUGCUUCAUGCUGCGAUGCCGUUCACAACUUCGUCGCUUCUCAAAACAACACCCCACUGGGAAGCAAUAUGAGUUACGAAGUGGACAAUAAAAAAACCAUCCACAUCACUGAGGAGAUUUUCAAGAUGUUGCCUGAGUCGCAGCCUCUGGAUUAUCCCUUCAAGCACUGUGCAGUGGUUGGGAAUGGGGGGAUUCUCAAGAGCUCCAGUUGUGGAGCAGAAAUUGAUAAAUCGGACUUUGUAUUUAGGUGUAACCUUCCCCCAACCAUGGGAAGCAUCAGUCAAGAUGUUGGCAAUAAGACAAACCUUGUGACCAUCAAUCCGAGCAUUAUAGCACAGAAAUAUAACAAACUGAAUGAAAAGAAGGCUGCCUUCUUGGAAAACAUUGCAAGCUAUGGAGAAGCUUUCCUUUUGUUACCGGCCUUUUCCUUCAGGAGUAACACUGCAGCUUCCUUCAAAGUCCACCACACGCUCAAAGAGUUCAGCGCCAAGCAGAAGGCCAUAUUUUUCUACCCCAGGUACCUUAGAAGUCUCGCCCAGUUCUGGAGGACUAAGGGCGUCAAAGCCUACCGGUUGUCUUCUGGCUUUAUGAUCACCAGCGCUGCUGUCGAACUAUGUGAGAACGUGAAGCUCUAUGGCUUCUGGCCUUUCUCCAAAAGCAUCGCAGGUGCUCCCAUCAGCCACCACUACUACGACAACCAGCUUCCUAAGCCUGGCUUCCAUGCAAUGCCCAAAGAGUACAACCAGAUUCUCCAGCUCCAUGGAAGAGGUAUCCUCAAGCUGCAGUUCGGUAAAUGUCUUACAUAGCCCCAGGUAUGCUUCUUUAUGCAU